CCUUCUGCUGCUCCUCCUCCUCCUUCUCCUCCUCCUCCUCCUCCUCCUACUGCUGCUGCCGCCGCUGCCGCACCUCCUCCAGCUUCUUCUUCAACCUCUCCUCCUUCUGCUGCAGCAUCAGCAGCAGCUGCGCUCGCAGCUUCGCUCGCAGCUUUGCUUUCCUCGCCUCGGCUCUGGCUCUGGCUCUGGCUCUGGCUGCUUCCGCUUGUUGCUGCACUUCUUCUUCUUCUUCUUCUUUUGCUGCGUCGAGCGCAGCAGCAGCAGCAGCAGCAGAAGAAUCGCCAUUUUGCCUUCGGCCGCCGGUCGUCGGCUCGUGCCGCUGGAUCUGUGGUGCCAUCUGACCACGCAGACUCAGAGGGCAGGACAGUGCAGCGCAGUGGAGUGCUAUAGGCACAUCAGUGUCCUCGAGAGAGAGCUCCGGGCGCAGGAGAGGGAAAAGGGGAAGGGAAAGGGGACGACGAGGGAGGAGGAGGAAGACGAAGGUGAGGGUGAACAAGAGAAGAGAACAUUUGAAGGAGAAGUAGAGAAGAGAGGAGACGAAGGAGGACAGAAGAGAAGAGAAGAAGGGUGGAAGAAACCACCAGAGUGUGCUGAGAUUGGGAACAGGUGUAGUGAAGAUUGGGAUCCGCCAGAGGAGAGGAGAGGAGAGGAGGAGGAGUGUAAGAAAGAAAGAAAAGGGGAGGGAGGUGUGCAGCUGGAGGCGCUGCUCUAGAGAUGGAUUCGGCCUCGCUCGAGACAUGAUGAAGGGAGGGGCGAGGCUCCAGAGCGGCAUGGAAUAGUCGGAGGAAGAGGAGAUGUGAGGGAAGAGCUCAUGGGGUUGUGCGAAUUUAAAUCUCGAAGAGCGUGCUUGCGUGUCGGGACCGAGCCACGGGUGAGCGAGAAGGAGCUCGGUGCCUGAGACCUCGAGGAAGAAAACGACGCUCGGUGGAAACGGAGAGUGGAGCGCAGGAAGUGCAUUGAUUCGGAAGAUUGUCAAGAAAGGAGGGGAGUAGGAGAGCAGAGCCGGGAAGUGAGCGUCGGGCCGAGGUUUCGUCCUCGACUCUCGAGAUCACUACUCGGCUUUUUACCAUUUUUUGGGUGUCUCAGGCGGUGGAGUGGUUUCCGGAGUGCAGCGGUGCCUGCCGCUGUCCUCGGACUAGCGCGUUAAAGUUUGGACUUGCACAAGAUUGCGCCUUUUUACUCUGCCGUGCCAACUCGUGUCGUGCUGUGUGGAGUCACACUUCGAAGUGAAUGGCAGCGAUGAAGGACGACAACAAUCGUGUCCGAGAAUGGGAGGCCGGACUGCCUUCCGCAUCGGACCUCACCCCUCUACACCAUUCACUCAUUACCAGGGUUCUCGCUCGGGCGUUUUGUAUUCCGACAAACGCCACACCUCCGAGCGCGGCCGAUGUGUUGCAAGCUUCAAAAUCCACUGUGCAGCAGCUGCAGCAGAAGAAGAAUACGGCCUUCACUCUGCCUGCUUUCGAGACCUAUCCUUGUUAUGAAUCUAGGACCGGGGCGAGAGCGGCUGCUGCUGGGGCCGCUAACGGUGGUGGGGGAGCGUACGCCACAGAGGAAAGCAUGGACGACGAGCGAGGUGGGUACGAUUUGACGAAAAGGAGCAAAGAUGACUCCGGAAGGAGAAGCUCUAGGGUUACCAAGUCUCCCAUGCAUGGGAGCAAGGGAGGUUGGGACGGGGACAAGGCUUCCGAACGAGAUGUUGGGGUUAGUGGAAGUGGAAUUGGAGGUGUGGGCAAUGGGAAUUCAGGCCCGGACUUCGGGCCUGCUUACUACUGGCCUGCCCAAGGCUCGAUGCCGGGAGGCCCGGGUCCUUACGGACCCAUGGGUUCUGAUCAAGGCGGGUAUGGAGGAAUGGAAGGGGGUUCAGAGAGCACCAAAGGAGCAAGUCUGGAGAAAUCCCGUAAGCUGGGUGACACGGAGUCGGAAGAUGUGGAUUCCGCAGAUUGUCCGGAUGGGAACACCGCCAGAACUCUCAAACGUCCACGCCUGGUGUGGACUCCGCAACUGCACAAGCGAUUCGUGGACGCCGUUGGGCAUCUAGGGAUCAAGAAUGCGGUCCCGAAGACUAUCAUGCAGCUCAUGAAUGUUGAAGGGUUGACUCGGGAGAAUGUCGCGAGUCAUCUACAAAAAUACAGGCUUUACCUCAAGAGAAUGCAAGGCCUUUCCAACGAAGGGCCCUCGGCGUCUGAUCCAUUGUUUGCAUCUGCUCCUCUUCCUCCCAAUUUGACGCAGUCCCCACAUUUUUUCACUAACCAUCCUCAUUUGAGAGCAGAGAAUGGAGUUUCAGGUCCCUCGUUCUCUCCACCUGCGGUCCCCAUGCCCCGGGCCCAGCAAGCAAUUCCCCCGGGGGUCAUGGGACCGGGUGUUAUGGGACCUGGUGCCGUUCAGCACUUCGGCGGGUUUGAGCAUCAUCCUUACAGCAUCGGGCUCGCAAGAAGUGCUGCUCAACAAAGGCCUCCUAUGGGAGAGCAUAGAGAAUUCAUGGCGGAAUUUGAGGGAAGAGCGAGAGUCAUGAGAAAUGGCUUGCAGUUUGCAACCUAGGAUACUUUGUCACCCUGUGGAUGGAAUUCUUAAUCGGACUAGACAAUCGCAGGACGUCAGAAGAAUUGUGAAAGGUGCCGGUAGGAAUGUGUAAAGAGGUAGGAUAAACACGAGCUUUUUUUUACACAGAAACUGAGGCUUUAGUGAUGUUCAUCCACGUGCAUUGCUAUUGUCACUUCAUCGUCCUGUAGCCGGUGAAGUGUGUACACUAGUAGCUUGUCCCGACAUUCUGUAGGAUUGAUGGGCUGUAAGAUUAGACGUUUUUGAGUCAAUUUAGAUGAUAACCUGGGAAAGUAGGUUUGAAUAUACAUUUGUCUUUUGACAAAAAAUCCUUACUUUACAAGUUCAAUUGGUGAGCUGCCCUUUUACUUCUUUCAGACGUCGUAGACAGGGUCGUUGGCAUGGAUUCUCUAUCAAAGUUCACUGGUUGGUUCUAUGAUUUGGCAGGGUUUUUUGUAAUUUUCUUUUUAGCUUUUUCUUUGUACAGGAUGCCUUUUGACGUCAAUUCCUUUCGGACACGGAUGUUUGAUGUUGUCUGCUCAUCGACAGGAUGUUAUUCAACCGGUUAUAUUUUUGGAUGUGUUCUCGAUUGUUCGGACCAGUUGUUUACAC